AUGCACGGGGACGAUGCCCUAACAGAACGUACUGCUCAAAAAUGGUUUCCAAACUUCGUUGCGGAGAUACGAGUCUCGAAGAUGCACUCUGUAUCGGUCCACUCACCGAGGAUGAUCCAAGUGAUAUCAAAAACAUAUGGGUGGUUGCAUCACGACAAGGCUCCUUAUAUCCCAUACAAUGAUUUUUGUGGUUUUAACGGAAAAGUUUACUUGGACAUAUCUCGAGAUGGAAAAUGUCAUGAAAGCUAUGGCGCAGACCUAAGGCGGGGCUUUCUUACCUGGAAAUUCUCCAUAUUACCUGUUUACGAGAAGGCGCAGGCAGCUAGGUCGGCUGUGGCCCGAGGCAAACUUCCAGAGUGCCACACCCUCACAAAUUUCCGGACUAGAUACAACCAAUAUUCCACAUUCCACUAA